AUGAAACUUCCCCAGCCGGUGCUUUCUUUCCUAUCCUUUGGGCUGCUCCUCGUCCAGCAGCGGGCUGAGAUGCCCGGACGAAGUUACCUUUACGACAACCGCUAUGCUGGGCAUAAGGUGAUACGGAUUAUACCAGAGAAUGACCAAAUGGCAGAGACGUUGAAGAUUCUUUCUCAACAACUUAAAGUGGACCUGUGGCAACCAAGCAGCCUGUCUCUCAUCUCCAAGGGUGCAGUUACAGAUCUACAUCUGUCAAGAAAUAGUUCACAGAUUCUUCAGUUCUCCUUAGAGCAAGCAAACAUCCAAUAUACAGUCCUCAUAUCUGAUUUGCAAAAAACUAUAGAAAAACAAAGUGAUUCAAAGCCACCCAGGAAUCGUAGAUCAUUGCCAGAAUAUAGUUAUGAAAUAUAUCAUUCCCUGGAAGAAAUUCAAAAUUGGAUGUAUUAUCUGAACAAAACUCAUUCUGAACUUAUUUACAUGUUCUCUAUUGGCAAGUCAUAUGAGGGAAGACCACUUUUUGUGCUAAAGCUAGGCAAAAGAACAAGAGUUUAUAAGAAAGCUGUGUGGAUUGACUGUGGAAUUCAUGCAAGAGAAUGGAUCAGUCCAGCUUUUUGCCAGUGGUUUGUGAAAGAAGCUCUUCAGACAUACCAAAAUGACUCAGCCAUGAGAAGAAUGCUAAAUCAAUUGCAUUUCUUUAUCAUGCCUAUUUUUAAUGUGGAUGGAUAUCAUUUUAGCUGGACUCAGGAUCGAUUUUGGAGGAAAACAAGAUCAAAGAAUUCAAAGUUCCACUGCCAUGGAGUAGAUGCUAAUCGUAACUGGAAAGUAAAAUGGUGUGAUGAAGGUGCUUCCCUUCAUCCCUGUGACGAUACAUACUGUGGUCCAUUCCCUGAAUCUGAACCAGAAGUGAAGGCUGUUGCUCAUUUUCUUCGCAAACACCAGACUCAGAUGAAAGCCUAUUUGUCCUUUCAUGCGUAUGCCCAAAUGCUAUUGUAUCCAUACUCUUACAAGCAUGCAGAUAUUCCAAAUUUUAGUUGUGUGGAAUCCGCAGCUGUUAAUGCUGUAAAUGCCUUGCAGUCUGUUUAUGGAAUAAGGUAUCGAUACGGUCCUGCUUCCAGAACUUUGUAUGUGAGUUCUGGGAGUUCAAUGGAUUGGGCCUAUAAAACUGGAAUCCACUAUUCAUUUGCCUUUGAAUUGCGUGAUACAGGUCAUUUUGGAUUUUUAUUGCCUGAGAACCUAAUCAAGCCAACCUGUAUAGAGACCAUGCUGGCUGUUAAAAAUAUAACCAUGCACCUCCUUAAAAAGUGCCAUUUAAGUGUUGCAGCCAACUUUUAAUUUUUUAAUUUUUCUUAAGAAUACAGCGUGAAGUCACUCAAAUAUAGAAUAUAGCAUUUUCCACUAGUGGAACCCAUUGAAAAAAGAAAUGACAUUUUCUACAGAUAAGAGAUAUUCAAAUCUUUGAUACAUAUUCUAGGCCAUGCAUAUGUGGUAUCAGGACAUAUGCAGGCAGAAAUCCUUGCGUGUAUCUAAAUGAUUAUUGAUGAAAUUAUGAAGGGUGAAAAUGAGAAAAAGUAAAAAGAAAAAUUUCAAGUGAGAAAGAAGCACCAAGGCUUUAUUCAAAUUCAGGUCUAGCAAGAAAAACGAUAAAUUAUGUGAAAUCUUUGUUCAAAUGUGCUUUAUUUGCCUAAUUUAUAUGUUAUGAAUCUCAGCUUGGCCCAAAGAAUCAGAAUUUGCUCAAAACGUUGAUUUUUGAACCACUGAAAGUUAGUCAUAGUUCUAAUAUGUAUAACCUAAGCUAAACCUUUUGCAAUAAUAAAGCUAUUUUACUGCCAGUUAGGAUCAUAUGUUUAUUAACAUUGGAAUAAAAUACAUCAUGCAGCAAAAACAUUGGCAAGACCUGUGUGUUAACCUCAUGGGAGGAAUAUGCUGAGAAUAGAGGAUACAAUAUAUUCCUUUUUGAA